GAAGAAAAAAAUUUAUAAAUACUCCCUUGUACAGUGGGUUUUGUUUUGAGAACAGUUUAAUAAAGUUUCUCGUACUGCGCGAAGGUGUUUAUUUUACAUUUUGUUUGCGUCUAUGACAAAAAUUCAUAUACACCUAGCUAUAGCACCUUUUUAGCUCGCCACAAGCAGUCGCAAAUAAAUAGUGUUAAGAGAAAUUAGCACAAUUCUUCUUUCACAAUUUGUUGCUGUGUUAUAGUGUUGUUGAGUGAAUGAAAACCAGCUAAAUUCAAAAAGCUUGUAAAUCCUUACAUAAUCCUAUACAGUUAAAGGAAAGAAAAAAUCGAAACGCAAUCGAUUCGAAACCAAAUGUCUACCAUCUGAUCAAAUUUUCACGCAUGUAAUAACAAAAAAGAAAAACUUGUUAGCUACGUAACAGAUGUGUACAAUAAUUACAGUUCACUUCCUUGAACUGCAAAAAUUAUAAUAUCACUAAUAUAUGCAAAUAAAGAAAAAGCUAAUACCGGCGUGGAACUCUAUAGAAUUUAAGUAGAUUAAAUACCGUAAUAUUUUUUUAGUGUCCGAUUAAAUAAUCCGCCAAAUUGGCUUCGCAAAGUUCUAUACUUGAUAUUUACAUCAUGGCUUGGGAACAUGGCAGCUCUCCGGUGGAUUGGUGUGAAGGAAAUUACUUGAUAUCUUCAAAUAUAGCAGAGUUUGUGAAUACGACAAGUAAUUUUCUGUUUGUGCUCCUGCCGCCACUUUUGAUAUAUUUGUUCAAGGAGUAUGGACGGUUCGUAACUCCCGGUAUACACGUGCUCUGGGUGCUCCUUAUAGUAGUGGGUUUAAGUUCCAUGUACUUCCAUGCGACGCUCAGUUUAAUAGGCCAAUUACUCGACGAAUUGGCGAUUUUAUGGGUAUUUAUGGCCGCCUAUUCAUUGUUCUUCCCAAAAAAGUAUUAUCCAAAGGUCUUCCGUAAUGACCGGAAAUUAUUCAGCACGUUCAUGUUUCUUUCGUCAAUUUUCGCGACGGUGAUGUCCAUUUGGAAGCCAAUAGUAAACGCAUUUGUACUGAUGGGUAUGGGCGUGCCAACAAUGCUAAUGAUGUAUCGAGAGUUACAAAGAGUACGAGAUCAGCGCGUCUAUCGAUUGGGCUUGCGUUGUACCACUGUUUGGCUAGUGGCCGUGUUCUGUUGGAUCAACGACCGAAUGUUCUGCGAUGCAUGGUCAGCAAUUAAUUUUCCGUAUCUGCAUGGCUUUUGGCAUGUUUUCAUUUUCAUCGCCGCCUAUACGGUUCUAGUUUUGUAUGCGUACUUUUAUGUUGAAACCGAGUUGCCACAGCGACAGCCUAUGCUGAAGUACUGGCCCAAAAAUGAUUUUGAAUUUGGCAUACCAUUUAUAUGCAUACGAAAUCCGGGCAUGACCAUCAAGAGUGCCAUCUAAAAUAUUUUAUAUAUAUAUAUAUAUAUACAUGCAUGCUUAGCUGCACCGGUAGAUAUGAUGUAAAGAGCCACAUAGAAAAAGACAAAGUAGUAUUUCAAAUUUACAACAUUUUUAUUAGCAAACAGAGUAGUGAUGCGAGUACAUACUCAUAUGUAUGUGUGUAUAUGAGAAAAUAGCUUAUAAGUAGUACCUGUUAUGUUAGUGGAAGAGGAGGAAAAUGCGGAAAUGCAUGUUUAUGUGCAUUAAGGAGAUUUAAAUAUAUAUUUUAUUAUUAUUAAUUUCAUAAAAUAUGUGAUGCCAAAUUUAAUUCCUUUCGGCUAUUUGCCCUGACUUUUUAUACAUAAGUUUUGGAGAAAAACAAUGAAAUUUUGGAAAUUAAGAUGGUUGUUGUUGGUAUAAGUUGUUGUAUGGUAUAAGCAGUCGCUAAAAGUUGUCGUAGAAAGUCUCGUAAGUUAUACGCUUUCAGUUUUAUUAAGUUAGUCAAAACCUUUAUGCUAAAAUAUAGGAAAUAAUUUUUUUUUUUUAAUUAUUAGCUCUCACUUUGGAAAAAUAUUAAUUUUACAAGCUUCAGGCUCAAGUCGGAACCUCUAAGUCUUAUCUGAUUGGCUUAAUAUUAGUUAGGGGAAAAAGAAAUCCAUUAUUUUUUCGGUAGAUAUCUCCUAAAGUAUCAUUCAAACAAUUAGAAAUGUAUGUUCGUUGUCAAGGUGGCAUUUCACACUAAAAAAAAAUUAUUUGCUGUUUUUAUUUAUUGCAAUCAGUUGCGAAUUACAUGGUGUUAAAAAUGGAAGUCAACAAAAAGAAAAUUCGGUACAUUUUACAGUUUUUGAUGAAGGCGAAAAUGCAUGUCAGGCCGCUGGAAUUUUCAAUGGUGUUUAUGGUGCCGAUACUGUAACACCUAAUUACGUGCAGUUUGCGUUACGUCGAUUCCGUUAAAGCAUUUUUGAUGUUAAAGGAAAUGUCGAAAAUGUCAGUAAAAUCACAGAAAUAAUCGAAGUUGAUCGGCAUGGUAGUGGUCGUAACAAAGCCCAGGAGCUAAAUAUUGACCAUAAAACAAUUUUAAACCAUAUGCGCAAAAAUUUUACGUAAAAAUAAUGGAUUUCGUUUUUCCAAUCUAAUAUUUCAUAUUUGGUAGUUUUUUGGGUAACCUGUUAUUUCUAGAGGGUGCCGCUAACAAUUCAGAAAAAUUCCAAAAAUAGCGGUCACCCUAAUAUACACGUACGCUGUACGGCAGAGUUUCUCCUCCAUUUGUAGCCCGCUAAAGUUAUUAGCUUUAUUAAGUAUGUGAUUGCAUAGGGGCUUUGGGUUGGAGGAUGAUGACCAAACUGAGGCUACUUGCAUAGCAUUGCCCGCUUCAAGCUGCUGAUAAAAUUCACCAGGUCUGCAAUGUUUGUGUCUGCGGACGAAUCGCCGAAUCAGGGCGUGUAACUAGACCAUAUCCCAAGCCUUUGCAGAUGACAUUCUCAGUAACUAAAGUUCGACAAGCCUUUAAUCAUUCCAGAAAACAAUUUUAUUCCCACGUCACAUACGAGCCGAUCAUUCAGAUAUAAUAAAUGAUUUGUUUUUAUAUAUCGGGCUUCGAUAAGGUCGGUCAAACUUACACUGCUAAGCAAAUUUUUUAGACAGUUCUAUAAGGACUUAGACGUGAAAAACUAAAAACAAUUGUGCAAAUUUAUUCCCAAAAUCAGUAUUCAUUAAAACACCCGAAUUAAGUUUGACGAAGAGGUUCAUUCAUAGGUCGCAUUAGGAGUGAUGCUAAUUCACAAAUGGCUCAACAAGAUGAGAAUAGAGGCGGACGAACCGUUAAUUGUGGGCGCUAUAGGCAAAUGAUGUGCGACUGUUAUAAUCAGCUGUUAGCUACUUUUAAUCUAAUCUAAACAACUGUUUUAUUGUACAAUAGCUAUUCAGAAUCUUUUUGUCACGAUUAAUAUUUCUCUGGAAAAUUUUAUAUGUACUUAGAUAUACAAAAAAAAAAAACAUUUUAAAUAAUUCAAAUAAGUACAGAAUGUGAAAUAGCGCUGCAAGGAUUGAAAAAAAUAUUAUGAAUUAGCACUAAAGUAAAUAUUAUAUUUAUUAUAAAAUCCGAAUUGAAUGAAAUGAAAGAACAUUUUUUAAUUAGUAAUAAAAUAAAAUCAAAUAUCAGAACUGAAACAACUGAAGUAUAUAGAAAUAAAGUAAAAUAUUUAUACUCUUCUUUUCUACAUUUACAUAAAAUGUGAAUGGGCAUACCAAAAUUACUAGGUAAGGAAGUACAAGAAUUUAAAAGAAUUAGACCAAAGAAUUGUAAGAAUUAUUAAUGAAUCGUAAUGUAUAACUAAUUUAUUAAGAGUUAAUUUAUUCACAUAACAGAUAAGCAGCUACAAGUAAAAAAAAACAAUUAAGAAUUGUUGGAUAAAAAAAAACACACCAAUAAAAUGGCCAUUAUAAUAUAAAACACGAAAACUUUGCUCACGUUGCUUUUCAAGCGUAAACUUCUCUUUAUAAACAUAUAUGGAUAAUUCAAAUUGGUAUAAUAUACUACUAUAUAAAACAUACGCAUAUGUGUAUGUAUGUAUAUACAGUACUGUACAAAAUAUCGACGAUGAAAAACGUUUGCUGGAAGAACGUCAUAACUUAAAAAACCCAAAAUUCAAUAAAAACAGCUUUAAAGUUUUUAAUUCGCUUAUAUUUACUAAUUCCUCCAUAAGUAAAAGUUGAUCCAAGUAAAAAUUCAUCUUAUGAGAUGUUAUCAGGUAUAGUCAUGCAAUUUUUACGCAGCACGCACACUUAUUUAAAUUUUUUUUUUUUUUAGAUUUGAGCACUCUUGCAGCAAAUGGUUUUACAAAAAAAAUGUAUAUGCUAAUAUAUGCCUUUGUGUAUGGGGUAUUCUAUAUAAAAGAGGGAACGACAUACAUUUUAAGAUUGCAUUUCUUUCCUUUUUUUGUACUUGAUGAUUUCUUUUUAAUACUGCAUGGUAAAAUUUAUAAAUAACUGUAUUACAAAGGUUACAAAACAAUUUUAAUCAACAAUUUCCAUAUGUGUUUUACCUGUCUCACGAGCCACAAUUUCAAUUUAAUAUUUGUAUUUGUUUAUUUUUUAUAUUUGUUUUCUUUUUCUAUAAAGGUUAUAUCAGAUUAAUUUUUAACCCUAGAAUGGUAAACACAU